UGCUGAACUUGUGCUGUUGGAUUGUUAUUAUUCAAGCCGGUCGAUUGAAUGGGACCAUGAAGAAGUGAAUAGGCUUGUUAUCAGCGAGUCAUUUGAACAAAGCAGAUCAGUCACUUACAUGCUUAAAUAUACUUACAUAUACUUACAUAUUUAUUUAUAUUAUUUGUUUGUUUUCCACUUAACGAUCAGCGAUCAGCGCAGAGUUCACAAAAACUUAAAAUUAAUAAAUGAGCUAAAAAUAAAUAAAAAUUAAGAAAGAGAGAGAGAGAGACUACGCUCCGUUAGCUAUUUUUACUGUAGAUCGCUCAUAGCUCGCACACGCUCAUGUAAAUAUUCACUUUUGCUGUUGCAGCAGUUCGCUUUGGAUAAUUGCGGCGUAAGCGUUUAAGGCUUGACAGAUUAGAGCAGUGGGGUUUUGAAAUUCAAGUAUUUACCAAGUGCAGUGCAGCUGUGCUUCUUCUUUGAGCUGAAGAUUAUAGCGAAGUACUUGACAAUAGUUUCGAAGAAUCACCGUAAUGACCCCGCGGCGCCUGUUAUUGUAUUUACUCGUCGCUAUUUGUGGUGGCGUUGUAUAUGCUAGCGGCUUUCCAAAUUAUCAUGCACACUUUGAUUUCGUCGCCUGGGACAAACAUCGCACUGCGGAGAAGCUGGAUGCGGCGCAGAAGUGGUGGCAAUCCGCGGCGAUCUAUCAAAUCUAUCCAAGGUCAUUUAAAGACAGCGACGGUGACGGCGUGGGCGACCUGAAAGGCAUUGCCGAGCAGUUGCCAUAUCUAAAGGAGAUUGGCAUCGCCGCGACAUGGAUAUCGCCCAUCUAUACCUCUCCCAUGGCCGAUUUCGGUUAUGAUGUUGCCAACUUUACUAAUAUCGAUUCUGUGUUUGGCACACUCGACGACUUCGAUGCGCUAAUUGCCAAAUCGCGUGAGGUGGGCGUGAAGAUAAUUCUAGAUUUCGUGCCAAAUCAUUCGAGUGACGAGCAUGAAUGGUUCAAAAAGUCCGCCGCGGGGGAUAAAGACUACAAAGACUUCUAUGUUUGGCAUCCCGGCCGUAUGGUGAACGGCACGCGUCAGCCCCCAACAAACUGGAGAAGCGUCUUCCGUGGCUCGGCGUGGCAGUGGCAUGCGGAACGUAAGGAGUAUUAUCUACAUCAAUUUCUAAGUAAACAGCCCGAUUUGAAUUAUCGCAAUCCGAAAGUGCGUGCUGCGAUGAGUGAUGUCUUGCGGUUUUGGUUGCGACGCGGCGUCACUGGUUUUCGCGUUGAUGCUGUGCCCUUUGCUUUCGAAAUUGCACCCGAUGCAAAUGGCAAUUGGCCUGAUGAGCCACGAAAUGACUGGGUUGUCGAUCCGGAUGACUACAACUAUGUCAAACAUAUUUACACCGCAGAUCAGCCCGAGACGUUGCACUUGGUCUACGAAUGGCGUCGCGUAUUGGACGAGUUUCAGAAAGAGAAUGGCGGUGAUGAGCGUGUCAUGCUAACCGAAGCUUACUCACCUCUCGAUGUGGUAAUGAAAUAUUACGGCAAUGAGACGGCAGAGGGCGCACAAAUGCCUUUCAACUUCCUGAUGAUCAAUUGGCUCUCGAACGACUCCGACGCUUAUCACUUUGCGGAGACCGUGAAUGCAUGGUUGCAGAAUAUGCCCGAGGGACGCACGGCCAACUGGGUGAUUGGCAACCAUGAUCAAAAUCGUGUAGGCUCCAGACUAGGCGCUGAUCGCAUUGACAUGUUAAACAUGCUUACAAAUAUGCUGCCUGGUGUGAGCAUAUCUUACUACGGUGAUGAAAUCGGCAUGACCGACGUGUGGAUCCCUUGGAAUGACACACAGGACCCCUCAGCUUGUCACACCAAUCCGGACAUCUAUGAAAAGUUUUCCCGUGAUCCUGAGCGUACGCCUUUCCAAUGGAGUGACGCUGAAAAUGCUGGCUUUAGUACAGCUAACAAGACAUGGCUGCCCGUUGCUGACAAUUACAAAACGGUGAAUGUACAGCAUGAGCGUGUAGCGCCGUUGAGCCAUUUAAAUAUCUAUAAGCAGCUGCACGCCUUGCGAAAUGAGUCAACGCUCAGGCAUAGCAGCGUCGAGUUGAAGGCGAUCAAUCAGAAUGUGUUGGGAGUGAAGCGGAUGUUGCUUAAUGAUUACACUUACGUUUUCCUGAUGAACUUAUUUGACUCCACGGAGCAGGUGGACUUGACGCAAGCUUUCGAUAACUUGCCUUAUGAGGUUGAAUAUGUUAUUGUGACCCCACAAAGUACUGCGAAAAAGGGUGACACCGUGAAGUCGAACAGCCUUAAAUUGCUACCUAAGGAAGCCGUUGUGGUACGUUCAACCACCAAAUUGACCACUACAGUGGGCUAUUUUGCAUAUUAUGUGCCAAAAAAUGAAAAACAUAAGUAAUAAUAGAUAUUUGAUAGUCUGAUUUUCCUCAUUGUGUUACACUUGAAAAGCUUUUUAUUUAUGAAUGCUUAGCCGUAGUUUUGAAAAUAUGUAAAUGUUAAUUAUUAUGUUAUGGUUUUGUUAAUUGCUCUACAAAAAAAUUGAAAGAGUAAAUAAAGUAGCUUCCUUAAUAUAUUA